CGUCAAAACCCGCACCCCGAAAGUCCUGUCCUUCGUCUUUUGUCACCAACCGCUCAGCCCUGCCCCUGGACUGCUGUCGCCGAGCUCACACCUACCCGGACUCGCCGCCGAUUGCUGCAAGUCGCCCACCGCCCCCUCCGACCAGCGCCAAUACCUAUUUCCUCGCGACCCGUCCAUCGCCGCCGAGUUUCGCCUGACACCUGACCCAUGUCCGAGAAUAGCGGCACGUUCUACAUCGUCUCUGCGCCCGCAGACCCAAAGAAGAUCGAUGCCGUGAACAAACUCAAGGCAAAGAUCGCCUCGCGGGGCGGCGAUUACGCCGAAGUCUUUGCGGUCAAUCUGCCUGAAUUCAAGGUCGGCACACUCGAUACGCUGGUCGUCCUCAGCGAUGACCUCAGCAAGCUCGACAGCAACUUUGAAUCAAUUGCCUGCAAGCUUUCCGACAACAUGAAGUCGCUGCUGAACAACGACGUCGAACAGUGGAGGUCGAAUCUCUCUGUCACGGACAAGAGCAUCGACAACUAUCUCAGGGGCUUCCAGUGGAACGCCAUGAAGUACCGCACCGACAAGUCCCUGCGCGAGCUUACGGACCUGAUCACUCAGGAGGUGACCUCCAUCGACACCUUGAUGAAGAACAAAAUGCAGAAUUACGCAACCGUAAAGGGCCAGCUUCAAGGACUUCAGCGCAAACAAGUUGGAAACCUCUCGGUUCGCAGCCUGAACGACGUUGUCAAGAAGGAGCACUUUGUCCUCGAUUCGGAGUACCUGACCACGCUGCUCGUGGCUGUUCCAAAGCAGUCAGAGCGCGACUGGCUGAACAACUACGAAAGCCUGACCCAAAUGGUCGUGCCACGAUCGACGCAAAAGAUCACCGAGGACGACGAAUACAUCAUUUACACAGUGACGCUCUUCAAACGAAUCGUCGACGACUAUACUCUCAAGGCGCGAGAGUUCAAGUUCAUUGUACGAGACUUCAAGUGGGAUGAGUCUCAAAUGGCCAAGGACAAGAAGGAACUGGCCGAGAUUGGCGCGUCCGAGAAGGGGCUAUGGUCGCAAGUCCUGCGCCUCUGCAAAACCAACUUUGGAGAGGUCUAUGCAUCCUGGCUCCAUAUCAAGGUUAUCCGCGCCUGCGUCGAGUCGGUCUUGCGAUACGGCCUCCCACCCGAUUUCCAGGUUAUGAUCGUCAAGGCCAAGCCCAAGCAGGACCGCAAGGUCCGUGACUUGAUCAACCAGCUCUACUCCAACCUGGGUGGUGCCGCCAACUCGAAGGGCAGCAUUGACGAGCAUGUGGAGGAGAACUUGCAGCUCCUGCUCGGCGAUAAGGAUUAUUCGCCUGUGGUCCUGUUCCCGGUGAAUGCAAUCGUCUAGGCCACGGUCAUGGCCACUGAUCUGCCCGCACGGCCCCGGUGAGACGGAUCUCAGCCCGGCGAUAAUGGCGGUGCAUUUCAUUCGAAGCCAGUUGGGCCGGGAAUCAAAGGGCAUCGCCGCCAUCGAUUGGUGUGGUCAGUUCUGCGAUGUGCGUUCGGCGCAAAUACAACAUGUGGUACACUCCACCCAAGAGAAA